AUGGCUGAGUAUUUAAAUGCGAUGGAAAUCAAGCUGCAAUCGACAGGUGACGCAGUGGUUUGGUUGAGGGUAUGGAUGCGAAUUGUUAAUUUGGUCUCUCCAUUGCAUGCUUCCCACUCAUAUCUUGCUGUUCAGACUAUUUCAAAAACCAUUAGCACUUUAUUUCGGCUAAGUGGUACUGAUGCAUUGAUACACUGGAUUUGUACUCGGCUGUUACUUCUUCCGCCAUCCGGGCAGGCUCAUUGUUUGCCCGCGUACUUUGCUGUUCUUUCAACUAUCAAUCCUCCACCUCUUGUUGAGGCUCACAUUCUACUUGCAUUGGCUAGAGGGAUUGCUUCCGAACGUUUUGCUGUCGUCCUGGAAUACAUGCCAUUCAUGUCCAAGGAUUAUCUUACCGUAUUGGCACGUCCAGCUCUCAGUUCACUUACCCAGCUUAUCAGGCAAUCCAAUUUUUCACCAAGAAGUGUACAGGUGGCCGCACUUCUUUCUCCCGAUCACGCUGUGGGUGAGACGCUGUUACUCAAUCUGUUAGCAUUAAAUUCGAAUGAAGUGCCUCUGCAAUCUUACUCAUUGGCAUUGCAUGCCUUGGCACUGCUAAUCAUCGAGCGGGCUGACACUAAGCUGAUGACCGAAGUGAUGAAUCGUAUUUGUACUCUGAAAACUUCUGCCAGUUUGCUUCAUAUGUUCUGUGCCGAUUUGAAUCAGUUGAAACAGCUCGGCUUACGCGACAAAUUAGUUACUGUCUUGGAGCGGGCACUCGAUUCCGUGAAGGAUGACAGCUUAGCUGGUGAGAUUCUGUGGCAAAGCGUAUCAGCUAGCUUAAUGGAUUGUCAACUUAGACGAUCGUUGCUGGAACGGGUGUUGAAUGAUAGAAGGCUUUGUUUGGAAGGAUUCUUGCUUACUUAUUAUCAGCAAUUUCCAUUACCGUCAUUUACUUCAGCCCAUUGUAAUUCACUGGAAAAUAGUACUGGAAAUUCUCAACAUGAUUCAUUGACAGCGGGGCGUAUUUUUUUUGACCAGGGAAGAGCCAUUCUAAGUGUUGAUGUGGAUAGUAGCGUACGCGUGACUAGUCGAACGCCAGUUGGGAAACAUUGCUGGUGUUUUGCGCGGGAACGUAUGGUUAGGCGUCAAAUGAAUUGCGUUAAUAAUUGGCUACGAAAAUUAGCUUUACGACCGAAGAAGGUGGCAUUAGAAAUGACCAACUUUAAAGGAGCAGUUGAAGAUCCCUUCGAAAAGUUGCCACAAUUACCACGAAUACUGCAAGCGGACCCAAUUGAAUGUAACGAAAUGUAUUUCUUCAUUCAACAGAAUAGACGCUUAACAACUAAUGUACUUGCCUCGCGUCAUCUAAAAACAACUAAAUGUUCAACACGGGCAUCAGUUGAAGGAAAAUAUGUAUUGUGGCGCACUCUCGCUGCUGAUUUACGGUUAUUCCCGGGUACACGACAGAUCUCACCCAGUUUCAAUCGCGAUAUACGACAUCUCGACCAUACUUAUUCACGGGAGGUGCAUAAAGUGGCUGUUAUCUAUGUUGCUAAGGGACAGGAAGACAAAGUCUCAGUACUUUCCAAUAAUUAUGGUUCAGUUGCAUUCAAUGAGUUCAUCUUACGCCUGGGUUGGCAAGUACAAAUAGGUCGUCAGCACUAUGGGUAUAAUGGAGGCCUACCAAGCGGCGUAACUGCUCCGUAUUAUGCAUCCGCUGAUACGGAAAUUAUUUUUCAUGUCAGCACUAUGCUCGAUGGUGAUAUUACACAUAAAUUGAAACAUUUGGGUAACGAUGAAGUGCACGUAGUAUGGAGUGAAAACGAUCGCCCUUAUCGUCGUGACACCAUUGCGACACGAUUUUGUGAUGUACUUAUCGUCCUCUAUCGAAUGUCACCUUACUUAUUUCGGGUUAGAAUCGAAACUCAGCGACCUCUCGAGUUUGGACCGCUUUUUGACGGAGCUCAUAUCCAUAUAUGUAUGCUACCACACCUAGUUCGUGAUACUGUUGUAAAUGCGUCCCGAGCAUAUCGGUUAUCCCAGCAAGAUUGUGCGCGACCACUGCAGCAUCGUGAAAAAGUAUUCGAAGAAACGAAACAUCAUCUGCAUGUUCCAUCUCCUUCUCUUGCGAUUUGUCAAACAUUUAUUGCUUCACUGAAUUCAAAUUCAUUUUGA